GACUAGUAGCGUACCUUUGGGCAUCGAAGAACUGUUGCUGGCCAGUAGUAGCAGCAGCAGCGGAAGCAGCUGUAGCGAUUCGGAUACGUCAGCGUCGCAUCAGUGUGCAACUUUGGACGAAUACUGGUUGAUGAACGAAGAUCGUAGAAAGGAUUCGGUAUCGUUUUAUGGUCUUUUGUCGUCCGGCAGCAGCAGCGAGAAUGACAAUUUGUCGUCGUCGCCUCCUUCGUCUUCUGAGGCCGAACAGUCGAUUAAAAUUGAAAAUACUUAUUCAAUCUAAUGAGUCUUCUGCCGCCCCAUCAUCGCCGUCCGAUGAUAGCAGCGUCGUCGUCGUGAAGGUUUCCGAUAUACCCAAACCGGCAACUGUUAAUGUUUUUGUACCGUUUACCGAGGAAAUGAACAAAGGAUUUUUGGGAUUGGAUGAUACUGGACUUACGAGAGGCUGAAAAUGACGAUGAUGAUGACAUGGGAGGUCCUCCCGAAAAGAAAGGUAAAUUAUCAAAGAAGAACCAAUCGAGGCUAGUCAUCUUGACGAGAAUUCUCUAAACAACGCUGACGACAGAAUCGAACAAAGUCACGAAAGCGAGGGCAAGCAAAUGAGACCAGAUGGAAUCAAAAGUGAACCUAAAGAACCGCAAGACGAAAGUACGUCUUCAUCGGUCGAUUUGAAAGAUAGUAUAGAUAUCAAACCGGCCAGAACACCGCAACCAGUUCAAAGCACUUCGUCGUCGUCGUCGUCGUCGUCCGAAAAGAAAGAGAAAUGCAUUUUCAAACCAGAAGAUCUGCAAAGAAGUUUUAUGCCAGUGCUGCAAAAAUUAUACCAACAAGAGGAAUCGGCGCCUUUCCGUGAACCAGUUGAUCCGCUACAGUUGGGUAUACCCGAUUAUUUGGAUAUCAUCAAACAACCGAUGGAUUUGUCUACCAUUAGAGGCAAGCUCGACGUUGGCCAAUACGUUGAUCCGUGGAAUUUCGUCGACGAUGUGUGGCUGAUGUUCGAUAACGUUUUGCUGUACAACAAGAAAACGUCGAGAGUUUAUAAAUGUUGUACUAAGUUGCCUGAAACUUUCGAACAAGAAAUCGACCCAGUUAUGCAAAACUUGGGUUAUUGUUGCGGUCGCAAGUAUACGUUCAGUCCGCAAACGCUGUGCUGCUUCGGUAAACAACUACAAUGUAGGUACGAUACCGAGAGACGCGAAAUAUUUCAAUUACCAAAACAUUAAAUACACGAGUUAAUAAUUACCUCAAAAAGAAAGAAGCCGGAGCCGGCGAAGUAACCGUUCGUAUCGUAUCCAGCUCUGAGAAAACGGUCGAAGUAAAACCUGGCAUGAAGAGCCGACGACCAAAAAAUCCCGAUACCGAAACG